AUGAAAUGUACUGAGAUUAUCCCUUUCCUUGAACAGGUAAGGAAAGUUGACAUGCUUGACGGUGUGACAAUCCCGCGGUCCGAGAAAGUAAAGGAUGAGAUCAUCCUCGAUGGCAAUGACAUUGAGCUCGUCUAUCGCUCUGCUGCCCUUAUCAACCAGGUACUGGCGGAGGCCGGGAGCGCCAAGGCGGUGGCGUUCGAUGAGAUCGACCUUAGUGCUUGCUGCUGA